AUGAACGACCCUGGCCUCGAUGGGCCUAUCACAGAUGCAUCCGAUCAAGUCAAGGAGAAUGUCGAUGAGCAGCGCGCUGAAGAUCCCAGCGAUGACAUAGGCGAGGAGGAGGAAGAAGAAGAAGAGAGAAGCUUUGUGCUGCCAGCAAGAUGGUGGUACGCUUCCACCGGCUUCCCUCUCGUCGCCGGCACAUUUGGUCCCAUGGCCAAUGCCUUCUCCAUCUGUGCCUUAGUUGAGAACUGGAGGGUUGAUAUCCCUCCCGGGGGAACCGAGGAACAUGGUAUUGACAUCAAAGAUCCUCGAUGGCUGAUCGCCGUGAAUGCCAUCUCGCUCGUCUGUGCCCUGACCGCUAACCUUUCACUCCUCCUGAACAUGGCCGGCCGCGUUUCCUUUCAAGUUGCACAACCCACCACAAUCAUUGGUUUCUGGAUUGCGUCGGUCCUGCUCAUUGCCCUCAUCGCCGUUGCGGCCCACGACUUCCACGCCCCAGGAGUCAGGGAUCAAGCCCUGACCCAGGCCUACUACUAUGCCAUCUUCGCCGCUGGACUAUACCAGAUCAUCUCCUAUUUAAUGUGCGUCACCGUCUACGGCGCGUACAGGGGCCACUACAGAAAAGAAUUCAAGCUUACGAUGGCUCAAAGGACGCUGAUGCUUCAAACCAUUGCGUUCCUUGUUUACCAACUCCUCGGAGCAUUGGUCUUCUCCCACAUCGAGGGUUGGAAAUUCCUCGAUGCUGUCUACUGGGCCGAUUUCACUUCUCUCACUAUAGGCAUCGGCGGCGAUUAUGUUCCCACAACUCACUUAGGACGAGGACUGCUCUUUCCAUUCGCCAUCGGAGGAAUCACCAUUCUGGGUUUGGUGGUAGGGUCCAUACGCUCGCUGGUGCUUGACCGCGGUAAGAAGAAAAUGGCUGCUAGACUGACCGAGAAGACUCGCGCCAAACUGGUGCGAGAUGUUCAGUCUGCAAUAUCCAAAAAGGGCCAUUUGCAGCCUCGUGGAGUGAUGGGAUUGGAGAAGGACCACGUAAAUGCACUGGCACUUAAACCUGGAGAAGGUGAGAUGUCCGAGAUUGACAGGCGAGAGGCCGAAUUUCUGGCCAUGAGAAGGGUCCAAGCUAGGGCCGAUACGACAAGGAAGUACUACAGUCUUCUGGUCUCCACGUUCGCUUUUGCAUUUCUGUGGACGAUUGGUGCUUUGGUAUUCUACAAAGCAGAAAAGAACCAGCAAUGGACUUACUUCCAAUCCCUAUACUUCGCCUACACCAGCCUGCUGACCAUCGGCUACGGCGACCUCCAGCCGAUCAGCAACAGUGGCAAACCAUUCUUUGUUUUCUGGUCAUUACUGGCGGUGCCAACCCUAACCAUCCUCAUCUCAGACAUGGGUGAAACUGUUGUCAAGGCCAUCAAGGAGGCCACCAUCUGGCUUGGCGAGAUCACUGUGCUUCCCAACCAGCAAGAAGGCAUGAAAGACAGAUUGAGAUACGGCAUGUAUAAAAUGACACUCGCGAAAAUCGAUGGCUGGUCGACCAAGACCAAUGAUGUUGGAGCUGGAAAAGACACGUCGAACGGUCGCUCUAGUUUCCAGGAGCUUCAUCCGGGCUUGGCCCGCGCGUUUCGAGUUCGCCAGAAGAAUAGCUCAAACCAUGAGCACAUGGCGACGGAGGACCGAUUGGCAGCGGAAUUCGAAGAAUCGGAAAAAGUAGAUGAGUCCAUUGCUCGAGGUCGUGGUAAUCGAUCAGAGGAAGAGGCGCACCAUUAUCGGCACAGUCUGAUCUCUCAGAUACGCAGGGUGUACACCGACAGCGCAUCAGCCACCGCGAAGAAAUAUAGCUACGCCGAAUGGGCGUAUUUCUUGAAAUUGCUGGGCGAGGAUGAAAGCGAUAGUUCUCUCCAUCGAAAGCCUCGCUCGUCAUCAAGGGCUACGGUGGUAGAUACUCCAAGUGACGAACAAGAUGGUGGCCAAGACCAUCGCUCACCAAGGCAAAAGGACUUUGAGACAGGUGGCCAGGAAAUCGCACACUCACAGUCUAGCAGUAAGAUCGACGAUGAAGAAAUAUCGCGCUGGAGUUGGAUCGGGAGCAGAAGUCCAUUGAUGGGGGACAAGAUUGAAGCCGAGUGGCUGCUGGAGAAGCUCCUCCAGCGACUUGAAGAAAGUUUACACGAUCUGAAAAAGGCGAAAGAAGACGACGUGCAACGAGAGAUGCCAGAAGUUCACUAUGACAGCCCAUCAACGGCUGGACAGCGCAAUAGUAAUAGCUUGAGUCGAACAAGAUUCAGGCCGAACGGAAACCAGUCAAUGGGUACGGCUGACAGUAAUGGGUAG